AAAAUAAGAUGAAAAGUGAAACUAAAUGGACAUUUAAAGCCUGCUAGACAGAGGCAGUCUCCUCAUUUUCUUUGCCCUGCAGGUGCUGAAAGGAAGAACAGGCUUUUUAUCAGCUAAGAAGCCACACGAGACGACCUUGCCAGCUCAGUGACCAGACAUGGCUCCGUGGGGUAACGCCAAGCUCUUCUUCUGCAUCCUCUUGGUCACCUGCUACUGCGCAGUGACUUUGGCGGAGGUAGCAGUGGACUGCUGCUACGAAGUCUCCGACAAGGAAGUUGAAAAACGUGCUGUCGCAGACUACAGACGUCAGGUCGAGGGACAGGGCUGCCCUAUUGAUGCAGUGAUUUUACUGACCAGACAUGAGAGGAAACUCUGUGUGUCUCCUAACCAGCCAUGGAUCAAAGGGAUGAUGAAGCAUGUGGAUCACUUGAAGAAAAUCUGCAAGCAAAAAAACUACAAGGGCAUACGCUGCUUUGGAGUGAAGCCUGUGUAAACUGAGAGUGACCUGGGACCUCACAGCAUCGCCACAGCAAGAACAACAGAGCACGAAUAGACCGCUGCAAGUCAAGGAAAGGGGUGGAUCAAACUAAAUCAACAAAAAUAAUACUGAUUUGUCAUUUUAUAUAACAGCUAUUUUGAUAUUUGACCUGUGUAUAUUGCAUGAAAAUAUUCAAUACAAUAGAUUAAUUUAGUUGCAAUAAAAAUAAAGCAGUUUGAAGGAUUUUAACAUUUUCUGUGCUGUUUGUGUUUUCAAUGAUUGCUGAAGAAAUCAGAUCUUUGUUUAAAAUGUGAAUGUGUAGCUCACUAACUCUGAACAACGGAGGGACUGUGGCAGCAGUGGAAGCUCCUUUGUUGUAUAAAUUUAUGCGAUUGGUGACCUUUUAAAAAUAAAGCCUACUUUUUCCAAA